ACUCUGUGUUCUCCUCAAAUAACAGCCCGGGGAACUAGAGCAGUGUAACAAACUCCGCUACACAUUCACAGAAAACAGGCUUCUUUUAACAGAGAUGAAACAAACCCAUACUGUGCCAUCGUUUGUCAAUAAACUUUGGGCACUUGUCGAGGCUCCUUCAACGAAUCACCUGAUUUGCUGGAGCAAAGAUGGCUGUAGUUUUCUUGUCCAAGAUGAGCAACAGUUCAGCAAGGAGGUACUGCCCCUUUACUUCAAACACAGCAACAUGACCAGCUUUGUGCGGCAGCUCAACAUGUAUGGCUUCCACAAGGUGGUGCAAAUGGAUGCUGGCUUACCCAAAGCUGAGCAGGUGGAUUGUGCCGAGUUUCAGCAUGAGUACUUCCGGAAAGCCCAGCCUCAUCUGUUGGGCCUCAUCCGCAGGAAGGUUUCAGUUAGCAGAGGAAAUGAAGAUGGAGGGCAGGUGUCUCAGGUGCUCGUACAGGUUAGUCAUGUCAAAGGAUGGCAAGACUCCUCAGACCUCAAACUCAUGGCUUUGUGCAGGGAUAACGAAAGCUUGUGGAGAGAGUUGGACUCUUUAAGGCAGAAAUAUCAUCAGCAACACAAAGUAAUACGCAAGAUAAUAAGGUUCAUCAUCAACAGUGUCCAGUCAAAUAGGUUGAAAGGUUGCAAACGGCGACUCCCCAUGAUCGACAGUUCUGAAGAACAUCCGUCCGCACCAAAAUACAGCCGCUCAUUUAGCGUGAAAUCCACAAAUAACACGUCUGCCCUUCAUGAGCUGGAUGUGUCACCUGCUGAUGUAUACACACAUGGUAAGGUCAUCUCUGACAUCACCCGUCUGCUGGAUCCCACUCCUGAGCCAAACAAAGAAAUCCCAGAACUUCCUACCACUCUCUCCACAUUUUUAUCACCUGACUCAUCUGCUCUGCCCUCCAUGGAUCUGGCUUUGUCUUUCCUGGAUGAACUCGAUGCACAGCAGCCUAAGGAUGUGGUGUUGGAAAGAAAUGAUUUGUAUGAUCCGCUGGCUCAGAUUGACUCUAAUUUGGCAACCAUACACUCCUGCCCUCGACCCUCCCCAAACCUGGACAAUUUCAGCAAGAUCCUCAGUCCUGGAUGCCACAUCUCUGCAGUUAAAGACUCAGAAACAGAGAGGAAACAGCAAGCCCAGAGUGAGGCCGACAAAGAUAUAAGGCAGAGAACCCUGGACCAAGAUGUAGGAUUGGAGGAGGAGCUGUUUGAUGGUGGAGAGUAUUCUGAUAUUUUAACAUCCAUCCUACAAUUGGCACAGGAAGCUUCCAGUCUUUCGUUCAACAACACUUCACUACCCUUGGAGCUCUCAAUGGUUAUUUAAACCAUUUACACAUAUGGACUGUGGGGCUAAAAGGACAUUAGCAUUUGUAGUGUUGACAUGACUACUACUUGAUGAUGGGGUUCUGGUUACAUACACAUUUGUUAGCAUUGGUGUUUGGAUCUGCAAAUUUGCUUCAUACUUCUUAUGUAGCUUUUAAGCAUUUAUAAAUCUCUUUAUAAAGUGUGUGUGGUUUGAAUGCAUAAGAUUUUGAAUAGUUUGAAUGCACUUUAUUGGUCAGGCUCUGUCUAUCCUCGGUGUAUAAUACUGUACAUUCAAAUAUGAAUACAAUUAAUUAUCAGUUUAAUUCAUUGUUUACUAUAGGAAUACAAAUUGUGACCAAGUAAAUGCUUUGGUGAAAUAAAGAUAUUAUUCAAUUCAA